UGGCCUCUUACUCCCUCUAUCCUCCUCACCUUUUUUUUUGUACAUGUACUUACACUGUAUACAAGUGCUUAUAGGUUGUGUGAAGCUCUUAGGACGAUUCUGCAGGGGAACACAUCAAGGUGGGAAACCUGAGGAAUCCUUUAAAAUCUGCACAAAUAAACUCUGCUGUCCCAUUGAUCGGCUCACAAUGAAGCUGGUGUUUGUCCUCCUUGUAUCCACUGCCUGGACUUUCACUGGAGCCCAGUAUUACUACCAGGGGCUGAUGGAUUAUCUGGAGAACAGGUUGUUGGCUAUUGAGGACCGCAUGCAGUUGUGGCAUGAUCAGUCCCAUCGCUACCACAGAGAGCUGCAGGAUUUCAAAAAGCUGACUGUUGUGGCCAUGGAUGGGCUGAGGAACGAGCACAGCAUGCUAUUCAAAGACCUUGAAGGAGCUGCAGUCCGAGUGGACAGGGUGGAGCGAGAGAUGGACUAUGUGGAAACCCAGACUUCCCCUCGGGCCUGUGCGAAUAAGGCAGAUAAGGUGGUGGAGCAGGGAGCCUGGGGGCUGGAGGAGAGCAGAGGAGAGGAAGAGGAGGAAGAAGACUGGGAGGAGCUACACUCCAGAGUCUCUGACUGCGUGGAAAUCAUCUCUGGCAUCAGAUCAGUGAAGAUCCUGAAGAGAGUGGGCAGUCCCAAGGGCAUGUGGACAAGAGACCCCAGAUCUUCCAAGGUUUACGUCUUUAAUGGGACAUCGGGAGACAGGAUCUACCAGUUCAACUCUGUACGUGACUUUUCCCGCUCUGCUGGUGUCAACAACAGCAGACAGAUCAUGCUUCCCUCCGAGUGGAGGGGCCCAAGCAGUGCUGUUUAUAACGGUUAUUUGUACUACAUAAAGCAAGAGGCUGAUACAGACGUGCAGGUGGUCAGAUAUGACCUGCUGAGAGGCUCGGUGACAGACACUGCAAUGUUCCCUGUGGAGAGCCACGCUACUGUUUACAACCUCAACCCAGAGACUGUCGCCGACCUCGCAGCAGAUGACGAGGGCCUCUGGCUCCUCUACGCCACAAGCGACAGUGAACCAAACAUCAACCUCGCAAAGAUGGACCCUGCCACGCUUGAUAUAGAAAAUAUCUGGGACACCCAGUGCCCACGGGAGAACGCAGAGGCAGCUUUUGUAGUCUGUGGCACUGUCUAUGUUGUUUACAACACCCGCCUGGCCAGCCGGUCCCGGGUUCAGUGCGUGUUUGACGUUAACGACAUGGUGAUCAGUGAGGAGGCUCCCCUGCUCUACUUUCCCAGGCGGUACGGAGCCCAUGCCAGUCUGAAAUACAACCCAGAGGAGAAACAGCUCUAUGGCUGGGACGAUGGCUACCAAAUCAUUUACAGACUGACCAUGAAGAGGAAACUCCUGGUUUGACAGCUGGGAUGUGGUGUCAUGUUUUCAAAGGCAAGGAUAAAAAAUAGGAGCAGUAGCCUACAUUAGUCAAAGUCUUUCAGUAGCCUGCAGACUCUUCACUCAUGGUAGCUUUAAUAAAGAUCACCCACAUCACAAAUUUUUAAGCAAAUUAAUUAGCUUUUGAACUAUUAUUUAUUAAUUGGAUCCUUUCCUUAUGUGUGUAAUAAACAUAAUCAAAAGAAAAACAUGAAAAUACCACUCAGUUUAUUAGGGGUUGUCAUACUUACUGCUAUGCAUUGUGUGUGUCCUGCCCUCAUUUAAUUUGACCACCUGAUUUAGACGAAAACUCACUUCCUUUGUUCCCAUUCC